AUGUCGCUGUCCGUCCCGGUCGCCCCGCUGCCAAGCCCGAGCCGGCGGGUGGGCGGCGCGAAGGGCUCCCGGGUCGCACAGCUCUCCUCGUCCCUGAGGAACGGCCACAGGAGCCCGAAGCGCGCCCAGCAGAAGCUGCUGCGCCUCGCGCUGCUCGCGCCAGCGUGGAGCUUCGAGCCUGAGGACUACGAGGCGCACGGCAGGCAGAGGCCGUCGGCCGAGGGCAGCGACCGCUGCAGCACGACGUCCGACGACGACGAGCGGGGCACGGCCCUCCCGAAGACCUGCAGCUCCCUGAGCUCCUUCGCGGAGGAGAGCGACUCCGAGAGCGCCCGCACGCCGGCCGGCGGCAGGGAGGACGAGGAGGGGGACGCCAAGGCGCCCAAGUCGGACAAGGCCUCCUUCGCCGCCUCGGCCGCCGAGUCCAUCGAGGAGGAGGCCGGCCCCUUCCUGGAGUGCCUGGCGCCCUGGCGCCGCGCCGACCGCGACACCGUGCUGGCCGCCGUGUCCGGCAGGGGCGCAGACCUGCGGUUCGCCUCCGAGGAGCUGCGCGCCGACAGGGAGGUGGUGGCCGUCGCGGUCGGCCAGGACAGCUGGGCGCUGGAGUUCGCCCUCGGGGCGGCCCGCUGGGACCGCGAGAUCGCCACGGUGGCCGUGCGCGGCCACGGGGGUGCCUUGGAGUUUGCGGGCGAGCACUUCCAGGGCGACAGGUCCGUGGUGAUGGAGGCGGUCUGCCAGGUGGGCUGGGCCCUCAAGUGGGCGAGCCAGGAGCUGCGCGGCGAUAAGGAGGUGUGCCUUGCAGCAAUCGGCCAGGACUACCAUGCCAUGGAGUGGGUGGACGCAUCGCUGCGUCAGGACCCCGAGGUCGUUGCUGCUGCGCUCUGGUGCUUCGGGGCGAGGUGCCGCGAGUUCAGCUCCGAGCCGCUGUGGAGCGAGGAGUGGCUGGCGAACGACUUCACUGUGGGGAAGGCCCGCGAGCUGGCGUGGCGGUGGGUCUCCACCGUGGAGUCGCGCUACUUCAAGCGGGCGCUGGACGCCAUCUUCCCCGCCGUGGAGCAGCAGGAGGAUUGGCAGACCGAGCAGAGUAUCGAGGGCCGCCUCGGCCUGCUCCAUCUGGCCUGUUUCCCCUCCAGCGCAGAGCCGGGCGCCGCUGCGGCGUGGUUCGCCGGCAUCCAGGAGGCGCUCUGGGUCGACCAGUCCAUCUGGAACGACAUCGAGGUGAUGGGCCUGCUCGGCCGCUUCGAAGCGAGUCUGGGCCUCCCCGACAACCACGUCCUGCUGCUCGAGGAGGGCGUCAAGCACGGGUCGAAGUUCCCUGAUUUCGGGAUCCCAGUGCCUUUGCACCUCAAGCGCAAGGGCAGGUGGGAGAAGGUCGACUGCGACGCCGCGUACCCGGAGGACGGCGAGGCCCUGGUGGUGCCCCCGAACAACCCCCAGGGCCCAGCGCCCGUUAUCCUGUACCUCCUGGGCGCGGGCAAGUUCAACAGCCGAGAGUCCUUCCUCGGGGGCGAGAUGGCGGUUCUGUGGGAGAACGAGCGGCUCAGGGAGGACUACUACGUGGUUGUGCCCAAGCCCGACACCCGCACCGGCCUCAUCUACUACCUCGGCCAGGGCUUCAAGAGGGAGUGGUCCGAGGACGCCGUCUGGUGCCUGUUCACGGAGAUCCUUAGGCGCCUCGGCCCAGAGAAGGUCGACCCCUCGCGGCUCUACGUGGCCGGCUCCUCACAGGGCGCGGUGGGCGCUUGGGGGCUGGCAGUGAAGUACGGCAGCAUGAUCGCCGCUUGUCAGCCAAUGGGCGGCAGGUGCGAGUGGCCCAGCAACUCGUGGCCUAAGCAUUCCUCCUCCCCCACGGAGGAGGCCAUGCAGAACCUGAAGCUGUGUCCGAUCCGCUGCUCCCACUGCAGCACCGACUCGUACGCCCCCCCGCCGAAGCAUGACAUGGAGUCCCUGACCUACUACGCCGCGGAGGAGCGGAGCUACGACGUCUCGCCCUUCGGCUGGGACAUGGUCACGAAGAUGGACACUGCGGUGACGAAGUGGGUCUGGAAGGACACCAAGAAUCCUUUCGAGCUGUUCUGGGUCAAGGGCCCCAUGGCGGACAACUGCCCCAUGUGGCCUGGCCUGGACAACCACCUCGUGUGGUUCCGGAUCAUCUCCAACCCCAUGUGGGGCUUCACCACCUUCUUCUCAGAGCACACUGUCCCGGAGGAUCGCCAGUGGCGCUUCGACUCGGAGCCCAUGAAGGUCGACACGUCGGCACACAGGGCGAUGCUCGAGCAGAUGGGGUACUGGGACAAGCCCGAGCCGACGCCGCCCGAGAUGAAGACAGAGACCGUGUACCUGGGCCAGGUCCGACGGCUGGACGAGUGCGGCGCGCUGAAUGAGGACGUGCGCGACUGCCUCACGAGCAGUCUGGCGAAGUGCGCGCAGGACCACGAGAUGCUCGUGCUGCUCCAGAUCGAUGUCCCCUCCCGCUCCGCGCCCCUUUCGAUCGAGCUGGCGCUGGUCAAGAUACACGCGGACGUGAGCCGGGCGGUGACCGCCUUCCAGCGGCACCUCGGGGCGACGGUGCAGGGCGUCGCGCAGGGGCAGGAGCUGGGUGUGUCCCUGCAGGUCAGCAUCCCCGUGCCCCCAGCGGCGGUGCAGUUCCACGUCGUGGCCAACAGGCCCUGGGACAAGGCCGCCCUCUGCAAGCUGCGCCCCGGGCUCCCGGUGCUGGCGCUGAAGAUCAGGGCCGCGGAGCUGAUCUACAUGGACGCCAAGAAGGCGAACACCUUCGAGGUCGGGCUUCGGCCGAACCCGAAGCCUGGCGAGAAGGCCCAGCCCAUCACCCCGCUGCCGAUCGACACGCCCCUGACCGAGGACCUCCUGGAGUUCGACGCAUGCCUGGAGGACAAGAAGGCCUCCGCGCCGCCGCCGACGCUGCAGGCGACCGACGCUUCCAUGAUGAGCCUCAUGGUUCUGCUGGCACAUCACGAGGACCACGAGCUGGAGGGCUACCGCCCGACGAUCCACACCCUGAAGAGGGGCACCAAGGUGCUCGAGCUGAAGAGGGCCAUCGCCGACAUCACGGGCCGGAGCGUCGACGAGUUCGGCAUUUGCCCGGCCACGGCGUUCCCCGAGAACGACAGGGAGACGGAGGGGGUGAUCAAGUAUCCGCUGAAGGACGACGCCGCCCUGACCGAAGAGAAUUGGCUCCUGCAGGUGUGCGACCUCGGCCUGUCAAUCACCCUGGACCUCGGCGGCGUCGCCAAGGAGAUGAACAUCGACAGGGGCACCCCCGUGAGGAAGCUGAAGUGGAUCCUCGCGAACGGCAACGAGAAGAAGGCGCGCAACUACAGGCUGGCCCUGGCCCCGCAGGACGGGGAGAAGCCCGAGCCGCUGCCGGACGACCUCGUGCUCGCCGAGGCGCACGCGCGGCUCGUGCUCUGCUGA